AGACGCGACUCCAGCGCGCUGCAGCAGCAUCGCGUCCGUGUGCGUUUCCUCUCCCUCCACUACUGCUUCGCGCUUCCAGAAGACAAAAACGGCUCGUUGACGCUUCGCUGCAAGGCUCUUCCGUUCCUUCCUCUGUUUCUCUCCCUGCCCCUCUCAUGCCUCCGCCGAGGUGCUGGAUAAGGGACGAUUUGUGAUCGACCAAACAGCCGCUCGAUGAAUAUGGCGUGUAUCGGGGACGCAGACCCCUUCACUGCUGCGAUACCUGCCACCAAAGUUGAACUCACGGUUUCUUGCAGAAACCUGCUGGAUAGAGACACAUUCUCCAAGUCUGAUCCAAUUUGUGUCCUGUACACUCAAGGAAUAGCUAACAGAGAAUGGAGAGAGUUUGGGAGGACAGAAGUCAUAGACAACACCCUCAAUCCUGACUUUGUUCGUAAAUUCAUCCUGGACUAUUUCUUUGAGGAGAGACAGAAUCUACGUUUUGACCUGUAUGAUUUAGACUGUAAGAGUGACAACCUCUCCAAGCACGACUUCCUGGGCCAGGCAUUCUGUACAUUGGGUGAAAUAGUCGGCUCCCUGGGAAGCCGCUUGGAAAAACCUUUGACUGGAAUUCCUGGAAAGAAAUGUGGCAUCUUCAUAGUGAGAGCGGAGGAGCUGAGCAACUGCAGGGAAUCAGUGAUGCUUCAGUUUUGUGGCAACAAGCUGGAUAAGAAGGACUUCUUUGGAAAAUCGGACCCAUUUCUAGUUUUUUAUCGCAGUAAUGAAGAUGGAUCGUAUACCAUCUGCCACAAAACAGAGGUGGUAAAGAAUACUCUGGAUCCUGUGUGGCAGGCUUUUAAAAUUCCUGUCAGGGCGCUGUGCAAUGGAGACUAUGACAGGAGCAUUAAGGUUGAAGUGUAUGACUGGGACAGAGAUGGAGGCCACGACUUCAUCGGCGAGUUCAGCACCAGCUACAGAGAAAUGUCCAGAAGCCAGUCCCAGUUCCACAUCUAUGAGGUUCUAAAUCCAAAAAAGAUGGGGAAGAAGAAGAAGAAGUACCAAAACUCAGGAACCGUCACCCUCCUCUCAUGUCUGGUGGACACUGAGCUGUCCUUCCUAGACUACAUCAGAGGCGGGACACAGAUUAAUUUCACAGUGGCAAUUGAUUUCACAGCCUCAAAUGGCAACCCAUCCCAGCCCACCUCACUCCAUUACAUGAGCCCAUACCAGCUGAAUGACUACGCCAUGGCGCUGCGGGCUGUCGGAGAGAUCAUCCAGGACUACGAUAGCGACAAGUUGUUUCCUGCACUGGGCUUUGGUGCCAAGCUUCCCCCAGAUGGACGAGUCUCUCAUGAGUUUCCCCUGAAUGGAAAUCCACAGAAUCCAUACUGCAGUGGAAUCGAUGGUGUGAUGGAGGCAUACUACCAGAGUCUAAAAUCUGUGCGUCUCUAUGGGCCCACCCACUUCUCCCCUGUAAUUAACCACGUGGCCAGGUACGCAUCAGCAGUGACAGACGGCUCGCAGUACUUCAUCCUGCUCAUCAUCUCCGACGGCGUGAUCACAGACAUGGCGCAGACCAAGGAGUCCAUAGUCAAUGCUGCGUCUCUGCCCAUGUCGAUUAUAAUAGUCGGGGUUGGACCAGCAGAGUUUGAUGAAAUGAUCGAGCUGGACGGGGAUGAAGAGAGGAUCUCAUCCCAAGGACGAUACGCAGAGAGGGACAUUGUUCAGUUCGUCCCUUUCAGAGAUUACAUCGACCGGCGGGGAAACCACAUCCUCAGCAUGGCUCGUCUGGCUAAAGAAGUGCUAGCUGAAAUCCCAGACCAGUUUCUGUCUUACAUGAGGACCCGGGGGAUCAAACCUGGCCCCUUACCACCUCCUUACACCCCCUGUCUGCCACCAGCGAUCCACCCUCUCCUCACCAGGCGGGUAAGCCGAAUCUGAAGGGCCCUCACUUGGCGUCGGCCGGCCAAUUCUGCUGAGUCUUGCUGUCUUUUUUUCAGCUUCCUCUUCUAGCUAUUCUUCACUGGAAGCUUUAGAGCAUUUAGCGAUCUACGCCUGCUCUCUUUUGUUGGACUUCGGGGAAAGUUCGGCCAUAAACGAUGAUACAGAUGACCCCAACUGGGAAAUUUUAGGGAGGAGACUUUCUGUGGACUUUAGUGGUUUUGAUGGGUAAUAGUGGCGGUUUGAGAUUUCCUGGCCACACUGGGAAGAGAGAACUGGACAGCUGUCAGACUGAAAAGAGUCCAAACUGGGGAAGCUCUUUUUUUUUCUUUUAAAUACUGUCUGUUUUCUUUUUCUGCUUCCUUUAUCCAUCACAAGAUCACAUCUCUUGAUAUAUAAAUGUUUACAUGUGGAGAGUGGAGUCUUUUUUCAGGAGGAUAUUUAUACCGAUCAAUGUGAAAACCUUUUAGAUUCCUAUUUUUCAGCUGCAUUAACAGGAGGUUAUGACUUUGUACAAAAACAUUUAGGCCUUGGUGCCACAUUCUUUAUUAUAGAGUGUACGUAUUCCUUUUUUCUUUUCUUUUCUUUUUUUUUUUUUAAUAAGUGAAGCAUGUGUUAGUUCAAAAGAAGCAUGCACUGUUGUUCCGCACUCAGGGCUUUGUCCCUCCCAAACAAUCUCACCACCAUUGCUGCCAUGUUCCAUUACGAAGAAACCCAUCAUCACCUGAGAUCUUCCCACGCUCCUACCUUCAGCUCCGUCCACCUGCCUUGACUCUAAGGGAAGCUGCGCUCCCUGCGAGUCUGGUCAAAUCAAAUGCAACAGGGACUUGAACCAGCCUUACUGUUUUGUCUGAUAACAUUAACCGACACUGUGUCCACUGUGGGUUCUGGAAAUGUGGAUCUCCAAGCCCAGAAGUCAAAAACACACAUCUCAUUACUGAGCCUGACAGUAUGUUGCUUUUUACAGUCUCUUUAUGUUUUCUGAUAUUACACUGUGCUUCAGAGGUAUGUUGUUUUUUAUUUUUGUUCUAUGUCUCUCUACCUCUCACUUUGUUCUGUAUUGCCAAUUUUAUUUAUUUGUUUUUGGAACAAGUGUGUUCAGUGAUAUUUGGUAAGCCUGUAAAGUUCACAGUUUUACCUUACUCAAUAAUGACACAAAACAUUUGCCAAACUGCAGGUUUAGAGUUUUUAGCACUUUGGUUGCUAUCAGUUUGGGUGACUCACACCUUAGUGGUAGCAACACACUGUGAAUAUGUGCACAAAACAGUUAAUAAGUAGAAAAAAUGCAAACUACUUCUCUGAGGAAAAACUUUCCUCAUGGUUUAAAAUGAAGACUGUGAGGACAGUUUUUAGUGUUGUACAGCAGUAUUGAAGCAUAAAGAUAAAACCAGUAAUAAUCAGUAAUCUAUAACGUUUCAAAGCAUGUAGCGAAACAUCUCCCCACAGGAUACUCAUUAGAAAACCUAUGUGCCAGUAUUAAACUCUCACCUCCUGCAGGCAUUGAAGGUUGCUCCAAACUUGACGUUUAAAAAAGCAAAGUACUGUAUAGCAUUGACAUUUCAUAGUUUUUUUUAAGAAAUUAUUUCACUUAUCACUAUUUCACUUUUUACACUAUUAAAAUUAAUAGAUAAAGGGUGACUGCUUGACCAGGUCAAUCUUUAGCUGUCUUGCUUGAGCUAUUAGAAUCUGAUCAAUUAGAUCAUCUUCAAACUGGCUUCCC